AUGUGCCGUUGGUUCGCCUAUGUCUCCAAAACUGAGCCAUGUCUCCUCGAAGAUGUCCUCAUCUCACCUAAGCAUUCUCUGGUCAAGCAAGUCUCUGACCACUUCCUCCCUAAGCUUCUUCCCCAUGGACACGGCGAGGAAGAGGAAAACGACAUGAAAGCCCGGAAUAUUGUCAACAAUUUCGAUGGCCUUGGUGUGGUUUGGUACACCUCCUCCAACGCAGACUUUGAACGCGGCAACACGGGCGAAAGCAGCAACGGGACGCAGAAAGAGGGUCUGUUUCCGGCUAUGUACAAGACAAUACAGCCUCCAAGAAACGAUAUGAACUUCCUCUCGAUAUGUGCCAACACUGAGUCGAGAGUCUGUUUUGGCCACAUCCGAGCAUCGUCAGGAUCUGCUAUCGCCAACAUCAACAACCAUCCUUUCGUCUUUGGUCGACAUACGUUCAUGCACAAUGGGGCUGCGAGUGAUUUCAUCGACAUCAAGCGGGAUGUGAUCAACGAGAUGAGCCAUGCAGCCUACAGCAACGUCUUUGGCGGGACGGAUUCAGAACACAUGGCCGGCUUGUACAUGACCUACUUGACGAACGGUGGCGACGCCACAACCUUCGAAAAGCAAUACACCACAAACGAGAUGGCCGAGGCAAUGCACAACGCGGUCGCCACCAUCGUCGGUCUCCAACACAAACUUCUCGGCAACAAGAAGAGGCCCAACAGCUUAAAUCUCUGCGCAACAGACGGCGUCUCACUAGUAGCAUAUCGAUUUCGAAACCACAGGACAAGUCAACCACCCAGUCUAUACUACAGCACGAAAGCCGGGACGACACUAAACAGAAAAUACCCAGAUCACCCUGAUGGCAUUAACGUCCCCAAUCGAGACUUCGGCAUCCCUGAGGGAAGGCAUGGUAGGCACUUGAUCAUCGCGAGCGAACCGAGCACGUACAAAGAGAGUGAUUGGGAACUUUUUGGGAAGAAUCAAAUUUUGGUCGCUGGGCCAGAUGAGCCGUUCGAGAUCAAGGAUGUGCCGUAUGGAAUUGGGUGGGAUGCGGAAGGAUGA